AUGUCUAGCCUGUAUGCAGGGGUGGAGAUACAGGCUGGUAUCUACUGUAUGUCUAGCCUGUAUGCAAGGGUAGGGAUAUCGGCUGGUGUCUACUGUAUGUCUAGCCAGUAUGGAGGUGUGGAGAUAUCGGCUGGUAUCUACUGUAUGUCUAGCCUGUAUGCAGGGGUGGAGAUAUCGGCUGGUAUCUACUGUAUGUCUAGCCUGUAUGCAAGGGUGGGGAUAUCGGCUGGUAUCUACUGGAUGUCUAGCCUGUAUGCAAGGGUGGGGAUAUCGGCUGGUAUCUACUGUAUGUCUAGCCUGUAUGCAAGGGUGGGGAUAUCGGCUGGUAUCUACUGUACGUCUAGUCUGUAUGCAGGUGUGGGGAUAUCGGCUGGUAUCUACUGUAUGUCUAGCCUGUAUGCAAGGGUGGGGAUAUUGGCUGGUAUCUACUGGAUGUCUAGCCUGUAUGCAAGGGUGGGGAUAUCGGCUGGUAUCUACUGUAUGUCUAGCCUGUAUGCAAGGGUGGGGAUAUCGGCUGGUAUCUACUGUACGUCUAGUCUGUAUGCAGGGGUGGGGAUAUCGGCUGGUAUCUACUGUAUGUCUAGCCUGUAUGCAGGUGUGGGGAUACCAGCUGGUAUCUACUGUAUGUCUAGCCUGUAUGCAGGUGUGGGGAUAUCGGCUGGUAUCUACUAUAAAUUGCCAGAUGAUAUAAUGAAGUCUUGUUUUUCCAAAGUACGCCGUACAAUGGGUUGGUUGAUGGCUAGUUUGACUCAAUUCAUACUCGCCAAACCAUCGCAAUGCGCACAGGAAACAGUUGCUGGUACUUCUGCUGACUUUGGAAGAGAGUUUCUACGUAGUCGUCGUGACAACAACUGA